AACCCUCUUCUUGCCAAUCCUUGUUUUUUCUUUGUCCCAAAGUCAUUGCAUUUGCUAUUCUUAGCCCAUGUAACUGUAACAUAACACAUACAUUCCAUGCUUAGAACUUUGUAUUUAUUCCACUUCAAUACAUACAUACAUAUAUAUACCUUUCAUCUCUUCAAAUUCAACCAUUUCAAUCUCCCACCCCCAACAAAUCUCUAUCUCUAAUGGAAGCUGAAGAAGGUGAAAUCAGCGUAGAGAGAUCUCUCUCAGAUGCAUCCAAAACCUCGCCACCAGACUCUCCAUUCCAACAAAAUCAACCACAUGAUGAUAACAAACCAGAAGAGAGAAAACCCAACAUUUUAUUAGAUCUCAGCCUCUCAAACAACGAUUCAGAUCAUGAAUCAGUGCUCGAACUCGACCUUAUCGGCUGUUUAGACGUGGGUUCUUCUCAAUUGUCGCCAGAAGACAAGACAAUCGCUGAAGCAGAGCCCAGAGUCUUCUCUUGUAACUACUGCCAGAGGAAAUUCUACAGCUCUCAAGCGCUUGGAGGCCAUCAAAAUGCCCAUAAGAGAGAAAGGACGCUUGCGAAGAGAGGACAGCAGAUGGGAGCUGCCACAGCUGCUGCUGCUGCCGCUGCUGCAGCAGCUUUCGGACAUCACCCACCACACCGGUAUUCCAGUAUGGCGUCGUUGCCGCUUCAUGGAUCUUUCAAUAGAUCGCUUGGAAUUCAAGUUCAUUCCACGAUUCAUAAACCGUAUCUGCCGGUUCCUGGCUCUAGAUUUCGGUACGGCCAUCAUGGGUGGGAUAGGAUGCCGAUAGAUCAACAACCUGCAAUUGGGAGAUUGACGGCGGAGAAUUUUCUAUCUGGCAGUGGUAGUAGUAGUAGUAGUGUUGUUAGAACGGGAGCACCACAGAGAGGGGGAGCUGCUAGAUUUAAUAGCGGCUGUAGCAGUCGGAUGUUGGUUUCUCCUCCGGCGAUUGUUUCAGAGGAUCAGAUUGAUGGGUUUUGGAGAGAAGGUGGUGGUGUUCUUAAAGCUCAUCAACAUCAAGAGGAAGUGCAAAAGAUUGAUUUGUCUCUUAAGCUUUAAUUAGAUUUUUUUUUUUUUUUUUUUUUUGAAUGUUCUUGUUAGUAAUUUGUACAUUCAUGAAUCAUGAUAGAGUUUUUGGUUUUCUUUUUUAUUUCUUUUUUGGUGGGAUUUUGAGUAUUCAAAUAUAGGUUGAGGUUUUGUUUAUCAUAUUGAAUUUGGGUGGUUUUCUACCUUUCUUUA